AGCAUCUCUCUAUACAUCACAACAACCGCUUUACCACCAGCACUCGCAUUCAUCAUGGUUCGCGGCUCGGACGUCCUUCUCAUCGUUGUUGCUAUCCUUUUCCCCCCUGCCGCAGCGGCAUUCAUCACUGGUUGCAGCUGUGACCUCCUCAUCAACAUCCUCCUGACUGUCCUCGGGUAUCUUCCAGGACAUCUGCAUGCCUUCUGGUUAAUCUACAAGAAGAUGCAGGCCGAGGAGCGCUACGGCCGUGGCGGAUACAUCUAUGUGGGCAAUGGCGAGUACCAGCCAGCUGCCUACCAGCAGGCACCCGGCGGUGUUCCCCCGCAGCCGAACUACGGUGCUACUGGCGGUGCAUACACCCACUAAGCGCGGUUCUGAGCCUAAGGGUCGAGCCUGCGUAUUCGCGUUGCCUAGGUCGAUAGAAAUGGUUACAUGGUUUCACGGACCGACCUUCUUGUUUGCUGCUUUUCCCUGUAACGAGUUUGUAGUGUUGUAUGUAGGCGUCGAGAUGUGUAAUGAUUUCUCUUUGGGAGACACGCCACACUUGAAGUUUACGAUUCACUUACUUCGGCUCGAUUUUUGGGAGGCUGUGUUGUCUGCGUCGGGAUACUAUAAUCAUAUCGGCUGCAAGUCGUAGGGUGAGUCUGUAAUGCUCGAUAAUCCACAAUACUCAACAUCUCCGA